AGUCUGAUUUCAUGUUGAAAAUCCCUGAUUGAAGAUAUGGGUAUCUCAUGGAUUCCUUAUCCAAGUGAAAUUUAAAUAUAAAGUUCUUCCCGCGCUGAAUUCCGCUUCUUUAAGAGCAUAAUAGGACGGUCUCAAUAUUUUCAAAAUUUUUAAAAGCAUCGAUGUUUCCAUCGAUGUUUCUCCACCUCUACUGUGUUUUUCAAAAUGAAAAGGAUAUUUCCAUUCAGGCCUUCAAUGGGUGGUUGACGAUGGGGUUGAAAUCGAUAGAAACAUAGCUGCCAGAGAUGUUCGUUAGGAUUAGUCUGAAUAGUUGCAUACCCGUGGUGAUUAUCCUCUUGGUGGCUGUCUAUUGGUACCGACUUCCCGAAAGAAAUGCAGUUCCAAAGAGGUCGGCUAGGAGGCCGCCAAAUCCGGUGGAUCCACUACCGCCCUCCAAUUCGCCGCUCCAUCAAUUCUCCAGGGCGGCCAUUUGCUCCGACAGCGAUGUGUGCAGUGAUUUGGCCCGGAAGGUCCUGGAAAAAGGAGGCAGUGUGGUGGACGCGGCCCUGGCGGCCCUUAUUUGCAACGGACUCAUCGGGAUGCAGAGCAUGGGAAUCGGUGGCGGUAUGGUGAUGAACAUCUAUUCGGGAAAGGAGCGCAAGUCCUAUAGUAUUUUGGCCCGGGAAAUUGCUCCACUGGCCCUGCGGGCGGAGAACUUCUCGUCCUUUCGCGAUGAGCAGGAUUUCAAGAGAUCCGGCUGGUCCAUCGCCGUGCCAGCGGAACUAGCCGGAUAUGCGGUGGCCCACCAGCGAUUCGGGCGGCUGAGGUGGGAGGAGCUGGUGCUGCCCACCUUGGAGCUGUGCCGUCGUGGCUAUCGGCUGUAUAAGCACCAGUUCGACGCCCUCGUCCUCAACCAGGACAUGAUUCGGGCCGAUCCCGGCCUGCGGCGGAUGUUUAUCGAUCCGGUUUCCGGUCACUUCUGGCCCUUGGGCCAUCUCAUCCGACCCUCGGCUCAAUUGUGCACCACCUACGAUCGGUUGGCCAACGAGGGACCACUCAGCUUCUACAGAGGAUCGAUCGCCGAUGAUCUGCUAGCCGAUUUGCGGGACAUGGGCAGUGUCAUAGCCAGGGAGGAUCUGAACCGAGCCCAUGCCAAGUUGAGCAGGGCGCUGGUGAUGCCUCUGGAUGAGCAUGAUCUCCAUUUGACCCCGCCACCUGGUAGUGGUCACGUCCUGGGCUUCAUCAUGAACAUUUUGAGGCAGUUCCGAGUGGAUUUCUCAAGAGUCCGAACCAUGGGCGCCCGGGAGAUCCAUCUGAUGGUCGAAGCCAUGAAGUUUGGCUUUGUCAAGCGUUGGCUACUGGACGAAUCCGCCAACGAGGAGCUUUUGGCGAAUUUAACGAGCUACGAACUGGCGAAAUCCAUGGCAAAGAAAAUGAAUGACUCACGGACCUUCAACAGUUCUGAGUUUUAUGGAGCUGGUUCAUCUGGAAUACAAAUACGGGAUGAGCACGGCACUGCCCACACUUCAGUUCUGCAUGGAAACGAUGCCGUUUCGGUGACCAGUUCUAUUAAUUUCUAUUUCGGUAGUGGACGAACAGGAAGGCGCACAGGAGUCAUCUUUAAUAACGCCAUGUCCGACUUCUCGAUGGAGCAGAUGAAAAACUACUUUGAUUUGCCAUUUCUUCCUGGCACGAAUGGCAUAGCUCCCGCCGCCCGUCCCAUGUCUUCGAUGAGUCCGGUGAUUGUCACGGAACGCUCCACCGGAAAAGUACGCUUGGUUGUGGGUGCCGCUGGCGGCACCAAAAUAAUCUCCUCCCUUGCCCCGCUUCUCGUCCGGAUCCUUUGGCAGAGGGCAAGAAUCAAGAGCGCCAUCGAUGCCAGUCGCAUCCAUCACCAAAUGUCGCCCAAUGUCCUGCACUACGAGUACGGACUACUCGAAAGUCACCUGAAGAGCUUGGAGGACAGGGGCCAUCGGUGCGAGCGAUAUGAAAACCGCGGAUCAGUCAUCUGCGGCAUCGAACAACAGAAUGAGACCAUUUGGGUAAACUCGGAUUUCCGGAAGCCAGGUGGAGUUAGCGGAUUCUAAACACAAACAUCUAUACAUACAAGGUGGUAGAUAAUGGUAGAUAAUUCUUCGUACUGAUAUGUACAUCUAACGCAAAUUACUCAAAUCUGACCAAGAAUGGUACCAAAUAUAGUAUUAUGUAAAGUAUUACUCAUUCUGUAAGAGAUUCAAACGUUCACAGCUCAAGGAUGUAUGUAAUAUCUUUUUUUUUAGGAAAUGUAGGUAAUU